UCUUUUUUGUUUUCUUUAACUUUGUUUCCUUUCUCCUCCCUUCUCUUCUGUCGCGUUUCGAAGGUUGGGGAAAGGCCUUCGCAGAAAUUAAAAAGCUAGAGAGAGAGAGAGAGAGAAUCUCAAUGUUCUUUUGAUUCUCCUUAUAGUAAAUUAGGGUUUCCUAUUUGAUUUCGCCCCCUUUCGAGAGCUCAAUCUCCCGCCUUUUAAUUCGUCUCCUUCCUCCUCUUGCUCCAAAACCCUAACUUUGCUUCUCUCGCUAUACUCAAUUCCUCGGAUCGAUUUGGUGCUGGACGUGGAGGAAUCAGUGAUGGGCGCCCCGGAUAAGCCACAAUCUAAUUCCAAUUCGAUGCAGAGAGUGAAGGUGUAUCAUUUGAAUGAAGAUGGUAAAUGGGAUGAUCGAGGAACUGGGCAUGUAAGCAUCGACUACGUGGAGCGUUCUGAAGAACUCAGUCUAUGUGUAAUCGAUGAAGAUGAUAACGAGACGUUGCUUGUGCAUCCCAUCAACACUGAGGAUAUUUACAGGAAGCAAGAAGACACGAUAAUCUCGUGGAGAGAUCCAGAGCGGUCGACAGAAUUGGCUUUGAGCUUUCAAGAGACUGCGGGUUGCUCUUAUGUAUGGGAUCAGAUCUGCACUAUGCAACGAAACUUGUAUGUCAGCUCUCUGAACACAGGUGAACCAUUCCCUAGCCUGAAUAGUGAGUUGAGGGAGCUUCCUGCUGUAGAGCUUACUACCCUUCCCUUAAUACUGAAGAUUGUUACAGAGAACGGCAUGUCAGAUCAGAUGCGUCUAACUGAACUUAUAUUGAAGGAUCAUGAUUUCUUCCGGAAUCUGAUGGAUGUGUUUAAAAUAUGCGAGGACUUGGAAAAUGUUGAUGGCCUGCACAUGAUAUUCAACAUUGUCAAGGGAAUCAUUUUGCUCAACAGUUCUCAGAUCCUGGAGAAAAUAUUUGGAGAUGAAAUGAUCAUGGAAAUUAUCGGAUGCCUUGAGUAUGACCCUGGUGUUCCUCACUCUCAGCAUCACCGGAACUUUCUGAAGGAGCAUGUUGUUUUUAAGGAGGCUAUACCAAUUAAAGAUCCCUUAGUCCUGUCAAAGAUACACCAAACGUACAGAAUUGGCUACUUAAAGGAUGUUGUUUUGGCUCGAGUGCUAGAUGAUGCUAUAGUUGCAAACUUGAAUUCAGUAAUCCAUGCAAACAAUGCCAUUGUUUUUUCAUUGCUAAAGGACGAUAGCACUUUUAUUCAAGAAUUAUUUGCAAGGUUGAGGUCACCUUCUACAUCUAUGGAAUCCAAGAAAAAUUUGGUAUAUUUCUUGCACGAGUUUUGUAGUUUAAGCAAGAGCCUCCAAGUGGUGCAGCAGCUGCGGCUUUUUAGGGACCUUAUGAAUGAAGGAAUUUUUCAUGUCAUAGAGGAAAUCUUGCAGAUUCCAGACAAAAAGCUCGUAUUAACUGGAGCAGAUAUCCUCGUUCUUUUCUUGACUCAAGACCCUAACCUGUUGCGUUCUUAUGUUGUUCGGACAGAAGGAACCCCCCUCCUCGGUCUUCUGGUCAAGGGAAUGAUGGAAGACUUUGGUGAUAAGAUGCAUUGUCAAUUUUUAGAAAUUAUUCGAACCUUACUGGAUGCAAAUGCAUUGUCUGGUGGAGCUCAGCAGAGAGCAAAUAUCAUGGAUAUUUUCUUAGAGAAGCAUAUACCUGAGUUAGUGGAUGUUAUUACUGCCUCAUGUCUUGAGAAGUCAGGCAGUAUAUUCGAAGGUGGAGCGAGAAGGGUUAGCACAAAGCCUGAAGUCCUACUAAGUAUAUGUGAACUGUUGUGCUUUUGCAUCAUGCAAGAUUCAUCCAGAACAAAAUGCAGUUUUCUCCAAAAGAAUGUGGCUGAAAAGGUUUUGCAUCUCACACGGAGAAAGGAAAAAUACCUAGUGGUUGCUGCAGUACGAUUUGUCCGUACCCUCCUAUCUGUGCAUGAUGAUCAUGUCCAGAGUUACGUUGUUAAGAACAACGUGCUGAAACCGAUAAUAGAUGUCUUCAUUGCCAAUGGAAACCGGUACAAUCUGCUGAACUCUGCAGUCUUGGAUCUGCUUGAGCACAUACGCAAGGGAAAUGCAACCCUGUUGCUCAAAUACAUAGUUGAUACGUUCUGGGACCAGUUGGCCCAGUUCCAGAGCCUGGCCUCCAUCCAGGCUUUUAAGAUUAAAUAUGAACAGUGCUUAGAAAGCGCCGUGCCACAAAACACUGCUGAUGCGGUUGAUCUGAGAAGAAGAGUUGACGAGCGUGCAUUGGAUAAAGAGGAGGAAGAUUAUUUCAAUGAAGACAGCUUUUACAGCGAUGAAGAAGAUUCUGCAUCUGCUUCUAAUACAAAAAAGGAAAAACCUGCUUCUAAUACAAAGAAAGAAGAACCGAAGCCUCACGUAUCAAAUGGAGUUGCUGCAAGCCCUGCUUCUUCGAGCCCGAGGUCUGGAGGCUUGGUUGACUAUGAGGACGAUGAAGAUGAUGAAGACUAUAAACCUCCUCCAAAGAAACAGCCCGAAGUCUCUGAGGAGGAGGAAGGCGAGCUCCUUGGGCUGAAACGCAAAUCCCCUUUCGUAGAAAGAGAACAAGAGCCUUCCAAGAAACCUCGACUGGGUAAAAACCCGAAAAGAGAAAACGUAUUUGCUGUGCUGUGUUCGACGUUAAGCCAUGCCGUGCUUGCGAGUAAGAAAGGUCAAGGAGGUACCACUGGAUCUGCAGCCCGGUCGAUUCUAGCUAAGGAACCAGAGGACUCUAGAAGUAGUGAAGAGAAUAACCGCAGCAGUUCAGAUAAUGAAAAUCAUAAAGGUGAUGGAGUUUCUAGUUCCGAACAGGGAUCAUCAGACAAAGGAAAGAAGCUAAAUGGGGAAGAAUCCCUGGUAGUAGCUUCAGAAUCCUCACCUGAAAUGGCUGUAAAUGGAUCCUGAGAUUACAACACUCUGGACUUGUAGUUGGCUGUGGACGGGAGGCACUCAUGGGUGCUUAUAAAAGAACCCUUCAAACUUAAAGACUGAGAAGGAGACAUGGGAAACUGCAAUCAACCAAUGGAAGAAGAAAUGUAUAGAGAGCGCAAGUUUGAGAGGGGUAACAGGUUCUUCGUCCAUUGUGUUUGCAGCUGGUUUUAUUUAUAUAUUCAUCUUUGGAAAAACUUAAAGAGUCUCUGGUCUCUGUCAAAAUUGCAUAUUGUAAGAAGACAUCAUGGUCUAUCAUCAACAACUAACUUUUUUUUUUUUUUCCCUUCUAAAUUAAAGUUCCUAGUGGUUUACUUGAUCGAUUCUCUUUGUUCGUGGAUAUUCCACUCUCCUCGCUUAUAUUUUGACAGAGAGACCAGUGUUAUGUUAUUUUGGUAUAUGCAGCCAAAAGUGUUGUUCUUA